AUGGUUAACAUCACAAGCGAAUUGAACAACCAUUCCAGUUCCGGACCGAAUGAUGUUGAGCGAGUGUUGGUGCCCAUAAUUGACACCUUCAUCCUCGUGACCGGGUUGGUGGGACACAUCCUGGUUCUCGUCAUCAUCUCUCGUACCAUGCGCCAAGGACAGCCCAAUGGAGGCCGGAUGGGAGGAAUACAAGAAACGAACGCAAAUGGAACAGAUGUUCUUCUUCUGUCAUUAAGUGUGGCCGACCUUCUUCUUCUCUCCUGCCUUCCCUAUCACACGGUUGCCAUCGCGACCCGUCACUGGCCCUUUGGCAGCUUCAUGUGUAAAUCUGUGAGCUUCCUGGGUGCCAUGUGUACCUCUGCGAGCGCCUUUACGCUGUCUGCUUUGGCGUUCGGGCGGUACAUCAUAGUGGUCCAUCCGUCAAAAGCGUAUCGAUGGCGCAGAGAAGGCCGCUUGAAAAUAAUCGCAGGUGUUUUGUGGAUACCUGCUAUUGUCCUGGCAGCGCCUCAGUUUGCUUGGCGAGCGCUGAUUUCGCCUGACGUUCAUCAAACCCGGGAGGACAUGGCGUGUUUUAAUUUCCUAUCCGACAAAGGCCAAUUGGCAUAUGGAGUGUGUCAUUUCUUGCUGGCUUUUGCCUUUCCGCUUGGUAUCAUUGUAAUAGCGUAUACAAAGAUCUACUGUUUCCUCCGAAACACCAGACAGGGCCGAACGAGCCCGACUGACCGCUUGGAACAGUAUCACGUCAAGGUAACCCAAACGUCGGCUUUGUUAGUGCUGGCGUUUGCAUUGUGCUGGCUGCCUUCGUACGGUUUGAUGUUUGCUCAGAUAAGUCAGGGUGAUGCUGUGGUUGGUCCUGUACCUCGUUUUGGACCUUUUGCUACCUUCGCUCGCAUCAUGGCAACCUCGUCAACUGUGGUUAAUCCCAUUCUGUAUGUUUUUAUGUCGGACAAAUUCAGAAAGGAACUAAUAAAUCUGGGUCAAGAAUGCUGUGGAAAUAGAGAUCUGUAA